CUCAUCUGCCUCUACCAACAUGUCCGCGCUCUACGUCCGCUGACGCAUUUCCGCUCACGUCCGCGCUCUUCGGAUGAUAUUCGUCUGUUUCCGCUUGGAACUUCCUUUCUGGCAGCGGCUUAAUCUUCGCCAACAUGCCACUCGCAAAAGACUUGCUGCACCCCACCCCUGAGGAGGAGAGGAGGAGGCACAAGAAGAAGCGUCUCGUACAGAGUCCCAAUUCUUAUUUCAUGGAUGUCAAGUGUCCAGGAUGUUAUAAGAUCACAACGGUGUUCAGCCACGCACAGACGGUCGUGCUUUGUGUCGGUUGCUCAACUGUGCUGUGUCAGCCCACUGGAGGCAAAGCUCGACUCACAGAAGGGUGUUCCUUCCGGAGGAAGCAGCAUUAAGAUCUUUUCUGGAUGCUUCCUCGGAGAGAGAGAGAGAGAGGGAAAGAGAGAGAGGGAGGAGACUUACCGGCCUCAGCGACAGCAGCCUGAUUUUAUUCAAGCGAGAGAUGAGGAGAUUAUGAGAACCCUGAGAGGUCUGAAGAACCGACCGGAAUACCCUCCAACCUAAUGUCUCUUUUUCUCUGUCUCAAUAAAAUGUUUGGGCUACAA